GGGUCCAUGCUGUAUUUCCUCACACACGAGUAUAAACCUGCUGCAGGUUCAUGAGAUUUAAUGAACUGCGCACACACACACACACACACACACACACACACACACGUGUGUUUAGAUAUUUUCAAGCGGAGUGACCGGACGCUUAGAGCCAUGCCUCAGGUUCUGCAGGUUCUCCCUCUGGACCACUCGGACCUCGGUACCCAGCGGUGCCGUCUCGGCCCGGUGGUGAUGGAGGAUCUCGGGCUGCGUCUCGGCUCUCCGGUGCUGGUGACGCUACAGGGCGGAGCUUCCUGUCUCUGUACGGCGUGGCCACGCCCAGACAUGGCCGACGCCUACCUGCAGCUGGACACCACCUGCUGUUCGCCAGCGCUCCACUUGAAAGCUCUCCAUGGACUCCGCCUCGGGGUGGAGCAUCUGACGGCCUUGAGCGGUCCGCGCGUGAAGCGUCUACGUGUGACCGCACUGGUGCGGAACAGCGAGUACACGCGCAGGACGUCUACACAGGCGGUCGCAGCACUGGCUGCAGAGCUGCUCACGGGGCUGUACGUCCACGUCAAGCACCUGGUCGACAUCUCCCAUGCAGGUACACCGGUUCAGUUCCUGCAGGUGGACAGCGUGAACUUGGGCUCUCAUAAAGCGGGACGUGUGACGUCCGAGACUCGCCUGGAGGUGGCGUCGGUGCGGACGGUGGAAACGCACCGGCGCUGGGCGCGAGAGGGUUCUGCCAUGGAAUUGGGAGGUCUGGAUGAGGUUCGAGCCUCGCUGAAGGAGAUGCUGAUGCUCCCGCUGCGUUAUCCCAUCAGCACGCGGCGAGUGGGCGUGGCAGCGGGGCGGAGCACGUUGCUGGUGGGGCCUCCGGGUGUGGGGAAGACGCAGCUGGUGCGCAGUGUGGCGCGGGACGUUCAGGCGGCGCUGGUUACGGUCAGCGGGCCGGUGGUGGUGGGGUCGCGACCCGGGGAGAGCGAGGAGAACCUGCGUGCUGCAUUUACUCGGGCCUCAGAAGCGUCCAGAGACGGACCGUGCGUGCUCUUCAUCGACGAGAUCGACGCCCUGUGUCCGAAACGCAGCUCCAGCACCGGAACACCAGAGAACCGGCUCGUCGCUCAGCUCCUCACACUCAUGGACGGAAUCGGCAGCGAUGAAGGAUUAGUUAUUGUUGGGGCCACCAACCUGCCGGGCGCUCUGGACCCGGCGCUCAGGAGACCCGGCCGCUUCGACAGAGAGAUAGUUGUAGGUGUUCCCACUCUGCAGCAGAGGUACCGGGUUCUGCAGUGUGUGUGUCGCAGUGUUCCGCUCGCCCCAACUGUAGAUCUGAAAUCCGUCGCUGAGAUGACCAGCGGCUACGUGGGGGCGGACCUGAGCGCGCUCAGUAGAGAGGCAGCACUGCAGGCACUGCUACACUCUACACAGGGCGGAGCUGAUUCUGACCAAUCAAGAGGCGGGGGUGGGACAGUUAGAAUGGAGCAUUUUAUGAAAGCGCUGCGAUUGGUUCCUCCAUCCUGUCUGCGGAGCAGUGUGGGUGUGGCCGAGUUUACACCUGUUACCUGGGAGAGGAUCGGGGGACUGGAGGAGGUCAAGCUCAAACUCAGACAGAGUGUGGAGUGGCCGAUGAAGUUCCCCGAGGCGUUUGUGCGUCUAGGUGUGUGUCGUGCGAGAGGUGUGUUACUGUAUGGGCCACCGGGCUGCGCUAAGACCACACUGGUGAAAGCAGCAGCAUCUUCAUCACACUGCAGCUUCCUCACACUGAGCGGGGCGGAGCUUUAUUCUCCCUAUGUAGGGGACUCGGAGAAGGCACUCGCUCAGCUGUUCUGUCAGGCGCGAGCGUGUUCUCCCUCCAUUGUGUUUCUGGAUGAGAUUGACAGCAUGGUGGGUUGUCGUGACAAUGGAGGCGGUUGCCGUGGCAGCAGUGUACAGGCUCAGGUGUUGUCUGUCCUGCUGAAUGAGUUAGAUGGUGUGGGCUUUAAACCCGCUGAAAGACGAGGGACAGGACAGAGUGAGAGGGACUGGAGAACACGUGAAGACCAACGGAUGCAGCUACAGGAAGUGUGUAAUCAGGAUGUGAUGAUUGUUGCUGCCACUAACAGGCCGGACAUGUUGGACAGCGCUCUGCUCCGUCCAGGCCGAUUCGACCACAUCAUAUACGUCCCUCCACCUGACCUACAGGCUCGCCUGAACAUCCUGCAGCUCCACACAGAGAAAAUGCCGCUGAAGUCGGAUGUGUGUUUGCAGGAUCUGGCAACUCGGACAGACCUGUUCUCCGGAGCGGAUCUGGAAAACCUCUGCAAGGAGGCGGCUCUGUUAGCGCUUCAUGAAGAAGGUAUGAGUGUGUCAGCGGUGCAGCAGAAACACUUCCAGAAGGUUCUGCAGAACUUUCAGCCAUCUCUCAGCCCACAGCAGAUCCUGCAGCACCAGCAGCUCUUCAAACACAGCUACAGUUAGCAUGUGAUGGUUAGCCUCCUGAGGCUAAACCGUGUGUGUGUGUGUGUGUGUGUGUGUGCUAACGCUAAUAAUGCUAACUGUAUUUUCUGUGAACUGUUAGAACUCUGAUUAAAACUUUUCACUGAAGUCUGAGAUUCUUUUUACUGCAAGAUCAAAAAAACAAGUGAUGUGCUGCACAAGCUGUACGUGAUGAGCAUGUCUCAGGCCUGUGUGUGUGUGUGUGUGUGUGUGUGUGUGUGUGUGUGUGUGUGGUCUAUAAAUAUGUUCUUUGUGUCACCUGUCUGCUGCAGACGUGACAUUUUUCACUCCUCAGUCACUCGACACUUCAGCAGCUUCUCUGAAUAAAACUCGUCUAUGAUACUGAGGGUCAAACCUGCUGUUCCUGACUCCUCCCACUGGGUGGGACUUAGCUCAAACAGGGCUUAACCAGGAUCUGGAGUCUCCAAGCUGACCGAGCGGUCAGGGCCGAAUUCCUCAACUCUGCUUUAUUUGACACGAUUUAUUUCAUUUCAUUAUUAUUGUUGUUGUUGUUAUUAUAAGAAUAAUAAUAAUAAUUAUUAUUAUUAAUGGAACAUCACUAUAUUUCCUGGGCCUGAUGUUUCCUGGAUCUUCCAUGUUGUGGACGGUGGAAGUCACACUGAACUUACAGCCUCAAUAAACACUAAUACAUAAAGCUGCAGUUAUUUUUCAAUACGUUUUAAUCCAUGAACCCCGAUAUCUCCACACCCUUCUUUUAUAAUAAUGAAGAUAAAUAACUAGUGUUUUUAACUACUCCAGAAGUUUAUUGUAGACUUCAGGGGUUGGUGUAGAGUUCAGUGUCUAGCUGAGUGUAGAGUUAGAGGUAAAGCGGGUUGUGUUGGUUACAGGUUGAUGACGUUAGAGUGUAGUGUAGAGUUGAGAGUAGUGUUCAGUGUGGAGUUAGAGAUAGAGAAGGUUGUGAUGGUUGCAGGCUGAUGUUCGGGGAUUCAGGGUUUAGUGUAGAGUUCGGUGUAGAGUUCAGGGUUUACUGUAGAGUGUAGUGUUUAUUGUAGACCUCAGUUUAGACUUCAGUGUAGAGUUUACUGUUUAGUGUAGAGUUUAGUGUAGACUUUAGUGACAGUGAGUUAGAGGUAGAGACGGUGGAGAUGGUCUCAGGCUGAUUAUGAGGUUAGAGUGGAGUGUAGAGUUAAGUGUAGAGUUAGAGGAGUUACAGAGAAGGUUGUGAUGGUCUCAGGCUGUGAGAAGGUGAAGGAGAAUGGAGGUGUGGUGACCGAGAGCAGCAUGUGGUGUAACUCUACACUCUCCUGUAAAAUUCAUUUCCUGUUGACUUCUGGCUUACAUACACACACACAAACACACACAAUCACACACACAAACACACACACACAAACACACACAUACACACACAAACACAGACACAAACACACACAUACACACACACACACACAAACAUACAUACACACAAAUAC